CUUGUUGUCAGCGGUCAAUCAUCUUGUUCUUCUUUGUCAAUUACUAUGAAUCCGCGUUUAACAGAUCCUUGAUAAUUUGUCUAUUUAUAUAAGAAACUACGCUUGAGAAUUUCUCAUUAAAUACAAACCAAAGGUAUUCCAUCAUCACAUUUCUUUCGGUAUGGCACAUUCCAGCAGUACUAAUCCGCCUGUAACUAAUCCCGUUUCGAUUAUAAGCCCCUAUUUUUGCGCUCAUAAUUAUCCCAUCGAUCUCGCAAUAAUCAGAAAAGUUAUGACGAUAACCGAUGGCAACUUUGUUGUGCAAGACAUCAAUGGCAACAUCCAUUUUAAAGUCAAAGGAAGUCCCUUGUUGAGCAUCCAUGAUCGCCGUCUUUUAAGCGACGCCACUGGAAAUCCCAUUGUCACUUUACGACGCAAGGCCAUGUCAGCCCACGACAGAUGGCAAGUUUUCAGAGGAGACAGUACAGAGACGAGUGAUCUAAUCUUUAGUGCUAAGAGAUCAUCAGUGUUCCAGUUAAAGACCAAGUUAGAUGUGUUCUUAGCAAACAACACAAAGGAGAACGUUUGUGAUUUUAAGGUGAAAGGAAGUUGGCUGGAACGAUCUUGCGUUGUUUAUGCUGGAGAAACCUCCACAGUUGUUGCCCAGAUGCAUAAAAAGUACACGGCUCAAAGUAUCUUAAUUGGAAAGGAUCAUUUCAUGGUGACUGUUUACCCCAACAUUGAUUAUGCAUUUAUCAUUUCCCUUAUCGUGAUUCUUGAAGCAAUAGAUUCCGAUAGUGGAUCCGCUGCUGCAACCGGAGCAAUCGUUGGUGCAGCAGCAGCUGGUGGCAGUUGUUGAUCCCGAUCGAUUGUAUUUUUCUUAUAUGUAGUUGAGUCAUUAUUUUUUUAAUUAAUGUUGUAAAAUUUAUUGUUUAUUUCAGGAUAAUAACAAAUAUUUUUAAUAAA